AUGGCAGCAGGUGUUGCAAAGCGAUACACAGACGGAGCUCGAAAGGGCCACGACAAACCUGGCCUCCAGCAGGUCAAGCCUGGUCGUUCAAGCCGAAGAAAGCAGCCUCCUGCCCAAGACAAAGACGAGGGCGAAGACGUGAUCGAGCCCCAGCGGAAGAGCCAGAGAAUACAGGAGAAGCCCAAGCAGAACUGCCAGCAAGCCCUGAGUGCAAGCCCCAAGGCCUCCCUAAAGAGCCCGCGGCCAAAGGAGAAACAAUCUGCAACCCAGAAACGGGCCGCAAGAGGAGGGCAGACGAGGUACUUGCAGAAAGCAGCAGCGAAGCAAGACAAUCGUUCCAAAGAGAAGAUCAGAGGCCAACCUACGGCUUCGCCAGCGGCACCAGGAGUACCUAAGAGCACUAAACGACAGCCUUAUGUGGUUACUGGAGACGAACAACUCGGCAACGUGAAGCGUCCUACACGUGCGCUCGAGCAACACGCUGCCCCAAGGACUGGGCAUGAUAAAGAGAGCUUCAUUGAGACUUGGUUGAAUGGAUCCAGCUGGUUUCACAGAGAGCCGACAGAAGACGAACCCCAGCUUGCCGCAUUGGACAAUAUGGCCCCCCCACCUACGACCGUCUUUUCUUUCUCAAACAAUACCCUUGAACGCAUGACUACCCCCUCCAGAAAGUCCGGGGAACCCUCUGCAAGCGUUCAUGAUUCACAUUACCGGGAAUCCCUGGGUCGCCGAAAUAUCUAUAUCAAUCAUGACCAUCCUCCGGCGGAGCUAAUGAAGCGAGCUAGAACGAUCAUAUCCAAAGAACGAAAAUCUCCGGGAAUCAACGAUAAAACAGCUCAAAUGUUGGUAGCGACAUUGCGUGAGGUUGAGAACGAGCCUGAAGCUGAUAUCAUGCGGACCUUCGAGUCAGGUAUCAUUCCUGCCGCGAAUGUGCUCCCUGACAAAAGAUUGACAUCGAAUGCUAACCAGUUGUGGUCUAAUUGCGUCUCUGUCCCGCUCGAUCCGACUGUCCUAACGGUCCCGCUACCCUUACCUAGACCAAAGCCUGAUCUAGUAUUUGGAUAUUCCAAUGCAGCCUUCACUCGUGACCAACUCGAGACAAUUCCAUUUCUCAUCGACGACCAGUUCGGCCGAAGCUACGCCGUCCCGGACUGGAAGGUUCGAUUUCCAUUCCUUCAGUUCGAGUUUAAAUCGCAGGCAAAAGGCGGAACCCACUACAUCGCAGCCAACCAGGCCGCCGGUGCUGGAGCUAUUGCGACAAUUGGCAAAAUCGACUUAGUACAGCGCAGUUUCGGAAUGAAAGAAUUUGAUUACCAUGACCCCCAGUAUUUCUCCGUCACGAUGGACCAUGAGCUAGCUCGGAUCAAUGUACAUUGGCUGAGAGCCGAUGAAGGAGGGCGGCAUAGCUUUCAUGUUGAAACAUUUUCAAACUAUCUCCUCAACGACGCGAAUGCCAUACGAGCAGUUUCUCGAGCCAUCCAGAAUAUUCUUGACUGGGGUACAGGUACACGGCUGGAAGGACUUUGCACCGCACUGGAUGCGUACCGGGAGUUGGUGGUCCAUAGCCUGGCAGUCACAAAUCCACAGAGGGCGCAGGAAUCGGAAGUUCUACCUCCAACUCAAUCUGGAACGCCGACAUUGGGGAGGAUGUUGCCACCUGAUAGCCGAGGCCGGGGAGCACGACACGCAUCAACAGCAACGAGCAAGGCACCGCAAGAUCGUGUUGAUCUUCCCACCAAUGUGCAUGCUGACGCGCAUUCGCGCCACUCACUCGAAGAUGGCCACACGAGGAGACGCCUUAAGCCUACACAGAAGGUGCGGGAUAACAUUUUUCAGGGUCGGAGACAAUGA